AUGGCCCUGAAGGCCGAGGGCGCCGCGCUCGACUGCUUCGAGGUGACGCUUAAGUGUGAGGAAGCGGAGGAUGAGGCGGAAGCCACGGUAGUGGCGGUCAUCCCGCGGCCGGAGCCUAUGCUCAGAGUGGCCCAGCAGGAAAAGACUCCACUGUCUAGACCCAGCCUAUCGGAGGCCGGUGGCGAUGGCAGUGAGGAACCCAAGCAGCCAAUGUCUUGGGAGCAGGAGUUCCUGGUGGGGAACAGCCCAGGAGGCAGCGGGCGGACCCUGUGUAUGGUGUGUGGUGCUGAGAUUCGCUGCCCGUCGGCCGAGACGGCCCACACGCACAUCCUUGAUCAGCAUCCCCACACCUUGGACCUGAGUCAGUCGGAGAAGAGCAACAUCCUGGAGGCCUGGAGUGAGGGGGUGGCUCUUUUGCAAGAUGUCCGAGUUGAGCAACCAUCCCCACCUAACUCAGACUCUGGCCCGGAUGUGGAGCCAGAUCCUCCCAGGAUGCCUGCCGAAAUCGUCGUUCUCCUCGACCCUGAAGACAACCCCUCCUUGCCAGUCUUACCUAAAAGGACCCGCUCCAAGGGACUCCGCCACCUUGAGCUUCCUGGUGCACCUGCCCUUGCCACAGAACCAGCAACUAAGAAGCCCCGUGGUCAGAAAUGGAAGGAGCCCCCUGGGGAAGAGCCUGUCAGAAAAAAAAAGAGCAGGCAUAUGACCAAAAACCUGGACCCUGACCCAGAUACCCCCUCAUCACCUGAUUCACCCACGGAGACUUUCGCAGCCCCAGCAGAAGUCCGCCACUUCACCGAUGGCAGCUUCCCCCCAGGCUUUGUCCUCCAGCUCUUCUCCCACACCCAGCUCAGGGCCUCUGAGAACAAGGACUCGCCCAAAGAGGGAAAGACAACAGGAGGCCUAAGCCAGCUGGAAGGCCCCUCUCCAGCUCCCCCUCCGGGGCUUCGCGGGACGCUGGAUCUCCAGGUUAUUCGAGUGCGAAUUGAGGAACCACCAGCCGUCAGCUUCCUGCAGGACUGGCCCAAGCAUCCCUCGGGCACCAAGGGUGUGGGAGCAGGUGACACCCGGGACUGGCCUUAAGUCCUGUCAGAAUCCAGCACCCCUGUGCGGGGGGAGCCCAAGGCAGGGGGUGGUGUAGAAGUGCUAAUUUUCCUGGGAGUGGGAGGCCGCAGCAUCCUCUUUGGGUUAAAACUUGGAGCUACUCCCGCUUGGCUGCCUGGUGCAGAAAAUGAAACGUGCAAGGGGCUUCGGGUGUUGCCGGAAAUGGCCUUCGACCGCCCUUCGGCUGUGGGGCGGAACGAGGGAGUGGUUUGCUCGCUGCACGCGGAGCUGCUUCGGGUGUUUCCGGAAACUGCCGAGUACCAGUUUGAAGUGGGCGGGGAAAAUUCAGUGGGCGUGGUUGGAUGGAGCGGGUGUGUCCGGAGUCUCUUCGUGGAUUUCCUCGCUUCGGAUAUUUCCGGCUGCUGCCGGCGGAAAGAGCCGAGGACCGGCGGUGGUGGCGGCCAUGUUGGGAGCAGCAGGUCCGGCGGCGGCUGCCUGUGUGCCGGGCGCGGAGCAGUGCCGCUGAGGGCAGGGGAGGAGCGAGGCAGGCGGCCGGCUGCGGCGGCAGAGAGUAGGCGGAGCAGCGCGGCCCGGCCAAAAGUCGGCACAGCCCAGCCGGGGGUCGGGGGGGUGCGGUCCGGAGCCGCUCGGAGCCGGCGCGGCCUAGCCCGAGCGGCGCAUCCCCGGGCUGGCGUGAACGGCUGCCCGGCCUCCCCGCACCCCCGGCCGGGGCCCAUGCGGCGGGUGCCCCUGCUGUGA